CCCAAUUCUGAUUGGUGGAGGGAACCACACACAUUGGUUUGCUCAUGAUUAACAUCUGUUACUUCGCAUUCGGUCAAGGCUUUACGUGUUAUCCGUCGAAAGUUUUUGUUCAGGACUUACUGAAAACUCACAAUGGUAGAAAAACAAAGCUUACGUCUAAUUAUUUCUCUGGCGGUCGUACAGAUUGUGUUUUUGGUGAUUUUUGGAGUUAAGAUCGAAUAUCAUGAGACGGCUAAGCCUUUAGAUACAGUCUCCCCCUCCCCAGUGGGGAACGUCUAUCCAAUGUUUCAAGAUGUACACGUGAUGAUCUAUAUUGGCUUUGGGUUUUUGAUGACGUUUCUAAAGCGAUACGGGUACUCGUCGGUUAGCUUCAAUCUUCUGUUGGCGGCUUUCUCAGCUCAAUGGGCAAUCAUCAUCAGAUCCGCCAUCUCAGGCAACUGGCAGGUCGGAGUUAUGGAGAUGCUCACGGCGGAUUUCGCUGCUGCUACAAUUCUCAUAUCAUUUGGUGCUGUGUUGGGUAAAACUGGACCUCUUCAACUUCUUAUAAUGGCUACUAUAGAAGUAGUUCUGGCUCAAGUCAAUGAACACAUUGGUUACCAUAUACUGCAUACGGCAGAUGUCGGGGAGUCCAUGUUCAUUCAUGCUUUUGGCGCCUAUUUUGGUCUAGCAGUGGCACGUGUUCUGUAUAAUGAAGAUGUGGAAAAAUCAACCAAAGAGGGCGCUACGUAUCAUUCAGAUCUUUUCUCUAUGAUAGGUACUGUAUUUCUGUGGCUGUAUUGGCCGAGUUUUAAUGGAGGGGCUGUAGAAGGGGAUCAGCAGCACCGUGCAGUCAUCAACACCUACCUCUCUCUCCUCGCCUGUACCGUCACCACCUUCAUCAUCUCCUCUCUCGUGGACAAGCGCGGGAAAUUUGAAAUGGUUCACAUUCAGAACGCUACUCUGGCGGGGGGUGUAGCGGUGGGAACCUCUGCUCAUAUGCCUAUCCAGCCCUGGGGUGCCAUGCUGCUAGGCACAGUUGCUGGGGUCAUCUCUACGCUAGGAUACAAGUACUUAACACCUGCCCUUUCAUCGAAACUCAAAAUUCAUGACACUUGUGGAGUGAACAAUCUGCACGGAAUGCCGGGAAUAUUGGCGGCUAUAGGAGGAGCUGUAGCCGCCGCUCUGUCCAGCAAAGAUACCUGGGGCGACAGUCUGUAUUCUAUAUUUACUGCAAUGGAACCAACAAUGAAGAACACAACCAUUGGUACCAACACCACAAUGGUCAUGACGGGAGGACGGUCAGCUAUAGAGCAGGGGGGAUAUCAAAUGGCUGCACUCUGCGUGACCUUGAUUAUAGCUAUAGUGGGCGGGGUCAUUACAGGUUUCAUCCUUCGCAUCCCCUUCUUAGACAGUCCUAAAGCAGAACAGCUGUUUGACGACCAGAACCAAUGGAAUGUCGCCGAGGAGGGUUUCCCAGGUUCUGGUGAUCUCCCUCUGAAUGGAAAACCAAAUGAUGACACGAAGAUUCCCAUGUUAUGAAGAUGGAAAUCCUUGCCACCGAGAUUUACAUCCAAUCUGACUUAACGAUCAAGUUACCAGAAACAGCUAAUCAUUGUUUGGCUAGUCUUUUGUCUACAGCGGUCCAUAAUGUGUUCAAUAUUAUAGGCUAGGUCAGGCUUUUAAGGGGUGGGCGACUCAACAAAUUGUCAACAGUUAUAUAUGUAGAAACUUUAAUUUCCCAAAUUACCAUACAAGGUGCUGAAGUGUACAUUUUAUCCACAAUUCCUUUAACAUUCUUUAAAUUUUGUGAUUUAAAAAAAAUGCAGAUACUUGUUUAGCUUUCAUUUCUCUAAGUAUCAGCUAAAUCUAACAACUCUGAAUUAUUUAUAUGUAUACAGUAUACAGAAGUAUUGCUUCAAUGCUUGUAUAUUUGUAUAUCAACUAACAUGUAUUUUGUAUACCAAGCUUUCCCUAUAACUGUAUGGUAUAACUGUUACACAUUAACAAUGUAUACAUUACGUUAAAGGGUAUCUACACAACUGGCGCUAUUUUUAUAAAAUGUUUUUAUAUUGUACCUUUGUUUUAUAAAUGCAUUAUUUUACAAUACAAUAAAACUAUUUUUAUACAAAAAAA